AUGGGGAUACAAGGAUUGCUACAAUUUAUCAAAGAAGCUUCUGAACCCAUCCAUGUGAGGAAGUAUAAAGGGCAGGUAGUAGCUGUGGACACCUAUUGUUGGCUUCACAAAGGAGCUAUUGCUUGUGCUGAAAAACUAGCCAAAGGUGAACCUACUGAUAAGUAUGUAGGAUUUUGUAUGAAAUUUGUAAAUAUGCUGCUAUCACAUGGCAUCAAGCCUAUUCUUGUAUUUGAUGGAUGUACUUUACCUUCUAAAAAGGAAGUAGAGAGGUCUAGAAGAGAAAGACGACAGUCCAAUCUUCUUAAGGGAAAGCAGCUUCUUCGUGAAGGGAAGGUCUCAGAAGCCCGAGAAUGUUUUACUCGCUGUGUCAAUAUCACUCAUGCGAUGGCCCACACAGUUAUCAAAGCGGCCCGGGCUCUGGGUGUGGACUGCCUCGUCGCGCCCUAUGAAGCUGAUGCGCAGUUGGCCUAUCUGAACAAAGCUGGUAUUGUACAGGCUAUCAUCACAGAGGACUCUGACCUCCUCGCUUUUGGCUGUAAAAAGGUAAUUUUAAAAAUGGACCAGUUUGGAAAUGGACUAGAAAUUGAUCAGACUCGGCUAGGGAUGUGCCGACAGCUCGGGGACAUAUUCACAGAAGAGAAGUUCCGUUAUAUGUGUAUUCUUUCCGGCUGUGACUACCUCCCAUCACUGCGUGGGAUUGGAUUAGCAAAGGCAUGCAAAGUGCUGAGACUGGCCAAUAAUCCAGACAUUGUAAAGGUUAUCAAGAAAAUUGGGCAUUAUCUCAAGAUGAAUAUAACAGUCCCAGAAGAUUACAUCAAAGGAUUUAUUCGAGCCAACAAUACUUUUCUUUAUCAACUAGUUUUUGAUCCCAUCAAAAGGAAACUUGUCCCUCUGAAUGCCUAUGAAGAUGACAUUGAUCCUGAAACGCUAACCUAUGCUGGACAGUACAUUGAUGAUUCUGUAGCUCUUCAGAUAGCACUUGGAAAUAAAGAUAUAAAUACUUUUGAACAGAUUGAUGACUACAAUCCAGACACCACUAUGACUUCCUUAUUAAGAAGUCACAGUUGGGUUGAAAAAACAGCUCAAAAGUCAUCUUCUGUUAAUAGCAUUUGGCAUAAGAAUUAUUGCACAGCAUUUGGGACGGAUAUUGUUUCGGAUGUUGCACGUUUGGAAGAAAAGCCAAGUACCGUGGGCAUUAAACACGUGAUUAGUACUAAAGUGUUAAAUCUUCCAAGGAAGUCCUCUGUGAUGAAAAGACCACGAAGUGAAGAGCUAUCAGAAGAUGAUCUGUUGAAUCAGUAUUCUCUUUCAUGUACAAAGAAGACCAAGAAAAAUGGUUGUGAAAAUAAUAAAUCAUUGAAUUCUUCUGAAAUGUUUGUGCCUGACCGGGAAAAUGAAACUAUUCAGACAAAAAGCUUAAAUACACCACCAAGGACAAGAAAUAAAUUUGCAACAUUUUUACAGAGAAAAAAUGAAAAGAAUGAUGCAGUUGUAGUCCCAGGGACCAGAAGCAGGUUUUUCUGCAGUUCUUGGGAGUCUGCUGACUGUGUGUCCAAGAAGGUGAGCAGCCAGACUCCAGAUGAGUCAGCAGUCGGAGGAGCCCUGACCGAUCUCAGUGAGUCAGGCUGUCCGGACCCAGACGGCGGGAAGCCAGUAGAUACAAGUGCGACACAGAGUUCAAGCACCUGCCUUCCUGGUGAUGACGCUGUGUCGGCCCUUGAACAGCCUCAGUCUUCUCAGACCCACACAUUCACAAGGACCUUUUCGCCACCCUCUCUGGGGACACCGCGAAGUUGUUUUAGUUGGUCUGGAAGUCUUGGAGAGUUUUCACACUCUCCGAGUACCUCUCCAAGCCCAAACACAGCGUUACAGCGAUUCCGAAGAGAAAGCGAUUUCCCCUCUUCUCUUACAAAAGACAGUAAGCUGCCUGACGCAUCUCAGCCGAAGAGUGAUGAGUCAGGUGACGAAGCUCAGCCCUCGCGUAAAGUGGAUUUGCCAUCACCGUCUCAGAACAGUAUAGAGCUAUCGCCACACAGUUUAAGUGCAUCAGAGCUUUCUCAGCCUUCUAGUAAGGAUUCCGAUUCAGAGGAAUCUGAUUGUAAUAGUAAGUCCCUUGAUAAUCAAGGUAAUCAGAACUACAAGCAACAUUCAUCUCAUUUUUCAAAGAAAGGGACACUUCUAAGGAAUAAGGUUCCUGGGCUAUAUAAAUCCAGCUCCGUGGACUGUCUUUCUACCACCAAGAUCAAAGCUCUGGUUCCUGCUAGAGUCAGCGGGCUAAGCAAGAAGCCGGCAAGUGUCCAGAGGAAAAAGCACCAUAAUGCCGAGAACAAGCCAGGUUUACAGAUAAAAAUCAGCGAGCUCUGGAAAAAUUUUGGGUUUAAAAAGGAUUCCGAAAAGCUUCUUUCUUGUAAAAAGCCCCUGUCUCCAGUCAAAGAUAACAUCCAGCUGACUCCAGAGGCAGGAGAGGAUAUAUUCAAUAAACCCGAGUGUGCGCAUGUUCAGAGAGCGAUAUUCCAGUGAUCACCACUGACCACCCAGAAGCUGUC